GCGCCGUUGGUGGAAGUGGCCUGGGCGGCGGGUGGUGUUGCGACGUCGGCCAUGGUUGCUGUGCAGUCAAUUGGGCUGACGAGUUGACUGAGAAAUACAGCGGUGGGGAAAGAUCUGCGAGACCUAAGUAGACCGCCGAAAAGUGAGGGUGGAGGGCUAAGGGCGGUGGGAGGACAACUAUUAAAUUCGAGGGUCUCGAGUGAACCACGGGCGACAUCCUGGCAACUUUUCCCGAACUUUAGCGGGCGGGCUAGUGCCGCCCGCAGUCUCCAUCAAUCGACCGGAACAUUCACUCGGGCCUCGAACAUGCACCCACCAAACCACAUGAUGGCUGAGCAAUCGCGGGGCAAGAUCCCCAUUCUGCUGCUCAAGACAAAAUCAAUACCCAAGGAUACGUAUGAGGAGCUUUUCCUUACCCUUGACGACGGCCGCUAUGCACCCGUCUUCGUGCCCGUUUUGGAGCACAGGUUCAAGCGUGACGCCCUGCAUGAUGUGCGCCAACAUGUCACCAACCGCGGCUUCGUGCCAAAGUCGCAGCAGGGCCUCGGGAAAUAUGGUGCGCUGAUAUUCACCUCGCAACGCGCAGUCGAAGCCUUCAGUGAGGUUGUCGAGGAAAUCCGCAAGGAGGGGUCCCUCGACAUUGACGAUCUGCUUCCACAGAGCCUGCCGUUGUAUGUAGUAGGUCCAGCUACUGCCCGCGGUCUGCGAUCGCUUGAUCUCAAGUGUCCGAUCUUGGGUGAGGAGACUGGCAACGGCGAGGCCUUGGCUGGCUUCAUCUUGAAGCACUACAACGCCCUCCAUCCAGAUGUCAUGAAUCCACCUAUACUCUUCAUGGUGGGCGAUAAGAGGAGGGAUAUAAUACCAAAGACUCUCCAGUCAGGAGAGCUGGAUCCAAAGCAGAGGGCGAAAGUAGAUGAGGUUGUUAUAUAUGAGACUGGGGAGAUGCAGUCUUUCAAGGACGACUUCUCCACCAUCUGGCGGAAAAAUGCCGAUCAAGGCUCGACACGGCAAUGGGUCGUGGUAUUCUCUCCCAGCGGUUGUCAAGCGAUGCUUGAGAGCCUUGGGCUUCUGGAUGCGGAGACUGGAAAGGCCAAAGCCAGGUGUACGGCUGCUGAUCAGAGAGACAUCCUGAUAGCUACCAUCGGCCCGACUACGCGCGAUUACCUAAGACAGGAGUUUGGGUUCACACCUGAUGUGUGCGCAGACAAGCCAAGUCCAGAGGGUAUCGCAGAAGGCAUUGGAGCCUUUCUCAAAAGACACGCGUAAGAAGCAGCAGCCAUGGUUCUCCUAGUGGCUUCGUAUAGGUCGAGCGAUUACGUGCGGCUCUCGAUAUAGGUCAGAGGGCGUUGUAUAUAAGGUCCAUAUGGUGGGAAGUUUGCAAGAUCACGCACGCGGGUGCGCAUCGCAAUUCCACGCGCUCUCAAUUCGUUUCACACUAUCGAUCGUGGCUUCAGUGUGAUGGCUCAAGGUUGCACG